GAGGACCUGCAGGUUUAAAGGUCUGUCUGUCCGUCUGUCUGUCUGGAUACCCUGGUCUGAGAGGACCUGCAGGGUUAAAGGUCUGUCUGUCUGUCUGGAUACCCUGGUCUGAGAUGACCUGCAGGUUUUAACGUCUGUCUGUCUCUCUAUCUCUCUCUAUCUAUAUACCCAGGUCUGAGAGGACCUGCAGGUUUAAAGGUCUGUCUGUCUGUCUGUCUGUCUGGAUACCCUGGUCUGAUAGGACCUUUCAGCAAAUCUGACCACGACUCAAUUUUGUUGCUCCCAGCCUAUAAACUAAAACAGGAAACGCCCAUGCUCAGGUCUGUUCAACGCUGGUCCGACGAAAUCUGAUUCUACGCUUCAAGAUUGCUUUUAUUAUGUGGACUGGGAUAUGUUCCAUAUAGCCUCAGACAACAACAUUGAUGUAUACGCUGAUUCGGUGAGCGAGUUUAUUAGCAUCGGUGAUGAUGUACCCACGGUGACUAUUAAAACCUUCCCCAACCAGAAACCGUGGAUUGAUGGCAGCAUUCAUGCAAAACUGAAAGCGCAAACCACUGCUUUUAAUCAUGGCAAGGUGACCGGAAUCAUGACCAAAUACAGACAGUGUAGCUAUUCCCUCCGCAAGGCAAUCAAACAAGCUAAGCGCCAGUAUAGAGACAAAGUGGAGUCGCAAUUCAAUGGCUUAGACAUGAGACAUAUGUGGCAGGGUCUACAGACAAUCAUGUAUGGCAAAAAGAAGACCAGCCCCGUCGCGGACACCGACGUCUUGCUCCGAGACAAACUAAACAACUUCUUUGCUCGCUUUGAGGACAAUACAGUGCCACUGACACGGGCCGCUACCAAAACCUGCAUGCUCUCCUUCACCGCAGCCAAUGUGAGGAAAGCAUUUAAACGUGUUAACCCCUGCAAGGCUGCUGGCCCAGAUGGCAUCCCCAGCCGUGUCCUCAGAGCAUGCGCAGACCAGCUGGCUGGUGUGUUUACGGACAUAUUCAAUCAAUCCUUAUCCCAGUCUGCUGUUCCCACAUGCUUCAAGAGGGCCACCAUUAGUCCUGUUCCCAAGAAAGCUGAGGUAACUGAGCUAAAUUACUAUCGCCCCGUAGCACUCACUUCCGUCAUCAUGAAGUGCUUUGAGAGACUAGUCAAGAAUCAUAUCACCUCCACCCUACCUGACACCCUAGACCUACUUCAAUUUGCUUACCACCCCAAUAGAUCCACAGACGACGCAAUCACACUGCACACUGCCCUAACCCAUCUGGACAAGAGGAAUACCUAUGUAAGAAUGCUGUUCACCCUGGGUCUCGACCCCGCCCUGUGCAACUGGGUCCUGGACUUUCUGACGGGCCUCCCCCAGGGGGUUAGUGUAGGAAACAACAUCUUCACCCCGCUGAUCCUCAACACUUGGUAACCACAACGGUGCGUUCUCAGCCUUCUCCUGUUCACCCAUGACUGCGUGGUCAUACACACCUCUGACUCAAUCAUCAAGUUUGCAGACGACAGUGGUAGGCUUGAUUACCAACAACGAUGAGACGGCCUACAGGGAGGAGGUGAGGGCCCUCGGAUUGUGGUGUCAGGAAAAUAACCUCCCACUCAACGUCCACAAAACAAAGGAGAUGAUUGUGGACUUCAGGAAACAGCAGAGGGAACACUCCCCUAUCCACAUCGACGGGACAGUAGUGGAGAAGGGCAUCAGGGGAUUCACAGGGCUGAAGGGUGAUGUCGGCCUGCCAGGUGAUCGCGGUGAUGAUAACAACCAGCCAGGUCGUGGAGGACUCCAGGGGCCAAAAGGAUACCCUGGUCUCACAGGAGAGAAUGGAUCCCCAGGCCCAGUGGGCCAUCCGGGGGCAGACGAAUGUGAGAUCCUGGAGGUCAUUCAGAAACUCUGCUGUCUUCAGCUGAGAUGUCUCUGCACCUUGGAUAGAAACACUUGUCCUGGCUCAUCCACCCCUGGCAGUCUUCAGCUGAGAUGUCUCUGCAGUCAGCAUCCAUUGCAUCCAGGAGGGACAUUUGGUCAUUUCAAUUUGUAAUAUUUUUAUUUAACCUUUUAUUUAACUAGGCAAGUCAGUUAAGAACAAAUUCUUAUUUACAAUGACGGCCUACCAAAAGGCCUCCUGCGGGGACGGGGGCUGGGAUUAAAAAAAGAAAAAGAAAAUAUAAAUAUAGGGGAAAAAAACACAUCACGACGAGACAACACAACACUAAAUAAAGAGAGCCCUAAGACAACAACAUAGCAAGGCAGCAACACAUGACAACACAGCAUGGUAACAACAAAACAUGACAACACAACAUGGUAGCAGCACAAAACAUGGUACAAAUGUUAUUGGGCACAGACAACAGCACAAAGGGCAAGGAGGUAGAGACAACAAUACAUCACGCAAAGCAGCCACAAACUGUCAGUAAGAUUGUUCAUGAUUGAGUCUUUGAAUGAAGAGAUUGAGAUAAAACUGUCCCGUUUGAGUGUUUGUUGCAGCUCGUUCCAGUCGCUAGCUGCAGCGAACUGAAAAGACGAGGGACCCAGGGAUGUGUGUGCUUUUAACAGAAUGUGACUGUCAGAACGGGGGUUGUACGUGGAGGAUGAGGGUUGCAGUAUAUAUCUCAGAUAGGGGGGAGUGAGGCCUAAGAGGGUUUUAUGAACAAGCAUCAACCAGUGGGUCUUGCGACGGGUAUACAGAGAUGACCAGUUUACAGAGGAGUAUAGAGUGCAGUGAUGUGUCCUAUAAGGAGCAUUGGUGGCAAAUCUGAUGGCCGAAUGGUAAAGCACAUCUAGCCACUCGAGAGCACCCUUACCUGCCGAUCUAUAAAUUAUGUCUCCGUAAUCUAGCAUGGUCAUCUGAGUCAGGGUUAAUUUGGGUGAAAGAUGAGUGAUUACGAUAGAGGAAACCAAGUCUAGUUUGAACUUUAGUCUGCAGCUUUGAUAUGUGCUGAGAGAAGGACAAUGUACUGUCGAGCCAUAGUCCCAAGUACUUGUAUGAGGUGACGACCUUAAGCUCUAAACCCUCAGAGGUAGUAAUCACACCUGUGGGGAGACUGUUAUUCUUCUUACCAAACCACAUUACCUUUGUUUGGAGGUGUUCAGAACCAGGUUAAUGUUGGAGAAAUCUUGUUGGACACUAAGAAAGCUUUGUUGUAGAGCAUUUAACACAAAAUCCGGGGAGGGGCCAGCUGAGUAUACGACUGUAUCAUCUGCAUAUACAGUGCCUUGCGAAAGUAUUCGGCCCCCUUGAACUUUGCGACCUUUUGCCACAUUUCAGGCUUCAAACAUAAAGAUAUAAAACUGUAUUUUUUUGUGAAGAAUCAACAACAAGUGGGACACAAUCAUGAAGUGUAAAGACAUUUAUUGGAUAUUUCAAACUUUUUUAACAAAUCAAAAACUGAAAAAUUGGGCGUGGCAAAAGGUCGCAAAGUUCAAGGGGGCCGAAUACUUUCGGAAGGCACUGUAAAUGGAUGAGAGAGCUUCCUACUGCCUGAGCUAUGUUGUUGAUGUAACUUGAGAAGAGCGUGGGGCCUAGGAUUGAGCCUUGGGGUACUUCCUUGGUGACAGACAGUGGCUGAGACAGCAGAUUUUCUGACUUUAUACACUGCAGUCUUUAAGAGAGAUUAGUUAGCAAACCAGGCCAAACACCCCUCAGAGACACCAAUACUCCCAAGAAUGGAAUGGUCUACCAUAUCAAAAGCUUUGGCCAAGUCAAUACAAAUAGCAGUACAACAUUGCUUAGAAUCAAGGGCAAUGGUGACAUCAUUGAGGACCUUUAAUGUUAGUGAUACAUCCAUAACCUGAGCAGAAACCAGAUUGCAUACCAGAGAGAAUACUAUAGACAUCAAGAAAGUCAGUCAGUUGAUUAUUGACAAGUUUUUCCAACACUUUUGAUAAACAGGGCAAAAUAGAAAUAGGCCUAUAACAGUUAGGAUCAGCUUGAUUUCCCCCUUUAAAUAAAGAACAAACCGUGGCUGCCUUCCAAGCAAGGGGAUCCUCCCCAGAAAGGUUAAAAAGGUUGGAGAUAGGCUUGGCGAUGAUAGGGGUAGCAACCUUAAAUAAGAAAGGGUCUAAACCAUCUGACCUAGGUGUUUUUUUUAGGUCAAGUUUCAGGAGCUUCUUUAGCACCUUGGGCUCAGUGACUGCCUGCAGGGAGAAACUUUGUUGCAGGGCAGAGGAAAAAGAGGGAGAAGCAUCGGGGAUAGUCGCAUUAGAAAGGGUGGGAGAUGGGGAAAUGUUGGACGGGCAAGGAGGCGUGGCUGAGUCAAAUAGGAAUCCCGACCUAACGAAGUGGUGAUUAAAGAGCUCAGCCAUGUGCUUCUUGUCAGUAACAACCACAUCAUCAACUUUAAGGAACAUGUUGUGAGGAGGAGGGUUUAUUCUCCAGGUCUUUAACCGUUCUCCAAAACUUCUUGGUGCUAGACCCACCGAGAGAGAACUGCUCCUUAAACUAACUAACAUUGGCCUUCCGGAUAGCCUGAGUGCACUUAUUUCUCAUUUGCUUGAAUGAGUAUGUGUGUUCCGAGCCGUUCACCAAAUGCAAUUCUUGAGGUGGAGUAACUCUGCAAGAUCACGGUCAUGUGGCCGUUGAUCAUAUACUUUCCACCUCCAGGCAGAAAUAAUUGCUCAGUGUUUCCUCCCUCCUGUUCUCUUUCUGCUUCUGGCACCAGUUGUUUGUGGAGGUCAUCUCAAAACAGAAGAAGGAGCUCAGUGUUGUAGGGACCAAUCUGGCAUUUCUGCAGGACCGAACCAGAGAGAUUGCAGGACACAUUGUGAUAUUUGCUCCUCUCUGACCCGGGACAUCAACGGUGGCCCUUUACCCGAUAACCAUUCUUCCCCACAGACAUGUUUUUCCCAGGUUAAACCCUGCCUUGUCUACAUAAAUGCCGUUCAUUUCUGGCAUACUGUGUGCAAGCAUUUAUAAAUAAGACAAGAACGAUCCUCAUUAUGGUAUUGGGUAAGCUUGUAUGUAAAGAAAGUGUAAGCAUUUUAGAAAUGUGUUAAUUAACUGAAUAUUCUGUGAAAACAACAUGAAUUGUGUUAUUGGUAUGGUCCACAACAGACAGAUGUUGUGCUAAUCGUGUUUAGAGUUUUGAAAAUGUGACUACAGAUUGGACAAAAGGAUGUUAGCGAUUGUAAAAAAAAAAACUGUAAAUGAUGGGGCUGUGAUUAAGAUAUCAAUCAGGGUGGAUCUUGAUGUAAUGUCUUUGUUUUUCUCUUGUAGCAUGCUGUGGUAAGUUCCUGGACCCAUACAAAGUUUUAUGGCUUAACAGUUACACAUGGCAUUAUUUUACAUCCUUGCAUGACCUUCAGUUUCCAUUUAAGAUUCAAUUUCACUCUGUAUGCCAGUGAGAGACUCUGAGAGGCACCAAAUUACAUCCACAGCAUGUAUUGUAAAUAGUCACAUAGAUAUACAGAUGUACGAUCUUAAUUUGAGACAGUUUGCUAAAGCAAGGGAAUAAUCCU